CCCAAUCCUACGUCAACUUGAGGACCAGAGUCAUCGUCAGACCAAUGGCACCAAAAAGCAGUCCGCCGCAGUCGAGCUCUUCUCAAAAUAAAAAACAGCAGACGAUAUCGAGCUUCUUUGCCCCCAAGCCAUCGUCGAUAAAGAAGACACCCGCGCCCGUCGAGGUCGUUUCGCCUGCGACAAACGGUGCCUCUAAGAAACCGGACGACGAUGCUUCCGACGAAGACGAUGCGCAAGUUAUUGCUCGAUCGACGGCCUCUCGAAGGAAACGUAUAGUCGAAGACGACGACGACAGCGAUGGAGACCCUGAUCUGCCGGUGCAGAAGCGCAUACGCAGCAUCGCGAGUGUAGUGAAUCCUGAGCAGGAGGUUACAGAUAUACCACAUCGACCAUCUCUAGGUCAGACGUCGGCGACAUCUCUCAAUGUUGCGAAACCAAAGGCACCUUCCGACCGCACAUCAAAGUUCAUUUUCUCCUCCUCACCCCCAGAACAAAACGAGAACGAAGUGGAAGAGGAUGUCGAUAUUACACAAGAAGAGAAAGAGAGACUCCAUCGGAAGUUUGUCGAGAAACUUGGAAAGCCCGACAGUUUUGCAUCAUUAAGAAGGAAAAACAAGUUGAUAUCGGAGGAAGCGGCAGAAGGCGAGGAGGGCGAAGACGAGGAUGAAGAAGAUAAUCCAAAGGCCACAAAGGGCAAAAAGGGUGCUGCAUCGAAAGCUGCACCAAAGCUCACACCAAUGGACAAGCAAUAUCUGGACAUCAAGCGAAAGCAUCUGGAUACUAUCAUUGUCAUGGAGGUAGGGUACAAAUAUAAAAUUUACGGAGAGGAUGCACGGAUCGCGUCGAAAGAACUGGGAAUUGUUUGCAUUCCAGGAAAGUUCAGAUAUGACGAACAUCCCUCGGAGGCCCAUUACAGCAAGUUUGCGUCUGCUAGUUUCCCCGUUCAUCGAUUGCAAGUUCACGUCAAACGAUUGGUACAAGCAAACCACAAGGUUGGAGUUGUACGACAGGUCGAAACGGCCGCUUUGAAAGCCGCAGGCGACAACAGGAAUACACCCUUCGUGCGGAAGCUCACAAAUCUCUACACGAAAGGCACCUAUGUCGAUGACGUAGAAGGACUAGAUUCAACGGGGGCCACGAACCCAGGGGCACAGUCCACAGGUUAUCUACUUUGCAUUACGGAAUCCAACGCGAAAGGAUGGGGCACCGAUGAAAAGGUCCACGUGGGCAUUGUUGCAGUUCAGCCAGCGACAGGUGAUAUAAUAUACGAUGACUUUGAGGAUGGGUUCAUGAGAAGCGACAUUGAGACGAGACUCCUUCAUAUCGCGCCGGCAGAAUUCCUGAUCGUCGGCGAACUCUCGAAAGCUACGGACAAGCUCAUUCAGCACCUUUCGGCUAGCAAGACCAAUGUCUUUGGAGACAAAGCUCGCGUUGAACGGGUCGACAAAUCAAAGACCAUGGCAGCUGAAGCCUACAGCCAUAUCUCCAACUUCUACGCAGACAAGAUGAAGUCCGACGCCACAGUCACUUCAGAUGGGUCAGGAGCUAUCCUAGAUACGGUUCACCAACUGUCUGAGCAUGUCACGGUCUGUCUCUCAGCGAUGAUAAAACAUCUCAGUGACUAUGGCUUGGAACAUGUUUUUGACCUCACCAAAUACUUCCAAUCUUUCAGUGCGCGUUCAUACAUGUUGCUAAAUGGCAACACACUGUCGAGUCUGGAGAUUUAUCAGAAUUCGGAGGACCAGUCCAGCAAAGGUAGUUUGUUCUGGACAAUGGACCGGACCAAGACCCGUUUCGGGCAGCGACUGCUCAGAAAGUGGGUUGGUCGACCUCUAAUUGACAAGAAUCAAUUAGAAGAGCGCAUUGCGGCUGUGGAGGAGCUGAAAGAAGGAGAAAGGACCAUCCCAGUCGAUAAGCUCAAGUUUCUGCUCGGAAAGAUCAAAGCCGACCUAGAGAAAGUCCUUAUCCGCAUAUACUACAAGAAGUGCUCGCGCCCCGAGCUUCUUGUAGCAUUACAGACCCUCCAGAGCAUAUCCGGCGAAUACUCAAACACAAGGGACUCCUCAAAGGGAGGGUUUACAUCGCCAUUACUCAACACAGCUGUGUCCAAUGUUCCCAAGAUCUAUCAAGACGUCACUGAUUUCCUGGAAAAGAUCAACGCUCAGGCAGCCAAAGACGACGACAAAUAUUCGUUCUUCCGUGAAGAACACGAGGCCGAGGAUAUCAAUGACCACAAACUCAGCAUUGCGUCCGUCGAGGAUGAUCUGAACACAUACAAGAAGGAGGCAGCAGCAAAGCUAGGAAAGAGCAAGGUUGAAUAUGUUACCGUGGCAGGGGUUGAGUAUCUCAUCGAAGUGAAGAAGAAAUCGCCCGAGGAGAGGAAAGUCCCUGCAUCUUGGGCGCAGAUAUCUGCAACGAAAGCUGUAGUACGAUUCCAUACACCAGAAGUGAAACGUAUGCUUCAGGAGCGAGAUCAGCACAAGGAGUCUCUGGCAGCAGCGUGCGAUGCAGCUUAUUCCCGCCUGCUAGGCGAUAUCUCUGCAAAGUAUCAAGAGCUUCGAGACUGCGUGCAGUCCCUUGCCACUCUCGAUGCCCUGCUCUCAUUAGCAACAUUGGCAUCGCAGCCAGGGUAUGUCAAACCUACAUUUGCGUCCGACAUUCAGCUCUCCAUCACCGGAGGACGGCACCCCAUGGUUGAACAACUCCUACUGGACACCUAUGUACCAAACGAUGUUUCGCUUUCCCAGGAUGCCACUCGAGCCCUGCUCGUCACAGGACCGAAUAUGGGAGGAAAAUCAUCCUACGUGCGGUCCGCAGCACUCAUCGCCAUCAUGGGCCAGAUCGGCUCGUACGUGCCCGCCACCGAAGCGCACCUCGGCAUGCUAGACGCCGUGUACACGCGGAUGGGUGCCUUCGACAACAUGCUCAAGGGGGAGAGCACAUUCAUGGUCGAGCUGAGCGAAACAGCCGACAUCCUCAAAUCAGCGACGCCACGAUCCCUGGUGAUCCUCGACGAGCUGGGCCGUGGAACCAGCACGUUCGAUGGCGUGGCUAUCGCCGAGGCGGUCCUCGACUACGUGAUCCGCGAACUCAAGUCUCUCACGCUGUUCAUCACGCACUAUCAGCAUCUUGCCCGGGUGCAGGAUCGUUUCGAGAACCACGAGCUGAAAAACGUGCACAUGAGGUUCGAGGAGCGUGACGGCGGGAAAGAGGUCGUGUUCUUGUACGAGGCUGCGGAGGGAACGAGCCAUCGAUCGUAUGGAUUGAAUGUUGCGAGAUUAGCGGACGUGCCAGAGAAAGUCAUCGAUGUUGCAGAAGUGAAGAGCGCCGAGCUGGAAAACACGAUGGCGGCGUGCAAGAUGGCGAACCUUGCUCGAAUGCUCAGAGGCGUGGUUCGGGAUGGCGACGAGAAUGAGCUAGAGAAGCUUGUUGAUGGGAUAUCACAAUUGUAAAACAAUUUGGUGCUAGGCGCUUUGGAGAACAUACAGGGUAUUGCAUAUUGCCAGGGGGACAUCAAAAACAACUGUAAUAUCAAGGUAUCGAGGUAUAUGUUUCACGCUGUCAUCCCACGGGAUGACCUCUAUCUAGGUAGUAGUCCACCUCCGCCCUCAAAUUCACGACUUCAAUCACGAAUAAUAAC